GACACAUUUUAAUUGAGAGGCCCAGUAUUGCUGAAUGGAGAGUAAGGUAUUUAAGAGCUAUACGGAAACAUAGAAAUGAAAACCGAAACAUAUAUUAUCUGGACGAAACCUACGUUAAUAGUAGCCACACCUCCAAUAUGUGUUGGCAAUCCGAAUCUGAGCCUGGAAUUUAUGCUGAUAUUGGCAAAGGGCGUCGUUUGGUGAUUGUUCAUGGUGGUAGCCGAGACGGAUUAGUUAACGGUGCCUUAACAAUUUUCAAAUCUGAUUCGAAAUGUGGGGAUUACCAUGGCGAUAUGAAUGCCACAAAUUUUCAUAACUGGGUUAGUCACAAAUUGAAAAAUAAACUAGCUCCUAAUUCAGUGGUCGUAAUGGACAAUGCCUCCUACCAUUGUGUACAGGUAAAGAAAAAACCUACUAUGUCAAGUUUAAAAAGGGACAUGCAAGAUUGGUUACGCGAACGUAAUGUUGAAUUUACACCAGAUAAUACGAAAGCCGAACUCUUUCAUUUGAUAAAUAGAACUCAGUCCGAAAAAAUUUACGUCAUUGACGAAAUAUUAAAGGCUUCAGGUCAUAUCGUUCUUCGCCUUCCGCCAUAUCAUCCUGAUCUCAACCCCAUUGAGCUUGUGUGGGCCGAUAUAAAGAACAAUUUAGCUACAAAUUAUAUAAAUACUUCAUUGGACGACAAAAUUCCAAUCAUCACAAAAUUGUUUUCUGAAUUCACUCCAGGAAGAUGGCAAAAGUGUGACGACCACGUACAGAAAAUCGAGAACCAAUAUUGGGACCACGAUAUGAGGUUUGACAAUGUAAUAGACGAGUUGAUCAUAAACCUGGGAAACGAUUCAGAUUCUGAGGAGGAUAUGGAAAUUGAAGACAUGUAUAGUAAUGAAGAAGAAGAAGAUAUGGAUUAAUUUUGUGCUAUAACGGAUUGUUUUUUUUUAUAGGAUAAGGGUGACAAACGAGCACACAGUGCACCUGAUGGUAAGUGCUUGCUGCGGCCCAUAGACAUCUACAUCUAUCCUCUAUUACAAAUCAAAAUGUAGAUGCGUUGUCACCCGUGAUGACUAAGAUGGAUUGAGGUUUUAAUAACCUCCUUAUUUGUGAUACAAACCCACAGGUCGAACAUAGAAUUCUCGCAGUAUGGUAAUUUAGGUUUAAUUUGGGUGGUGAGUUUAUGAAACUGUUUUGUAUCAUAAAUAAUAAAAUGUAAUUAACGCUUUUAAAUACGUGUUAAUUUUUGUUUAGCCCGGAAAAUAUAAAUAAUUUACCCAUUAUAUUAAUUAAGACAGUUUCUAACAUGGUUAUCCGGAGAUUUAUCUGUCCUCAAAUAUCUCGUGUGCGUCUUGUCAAUCGCGUCCUCCCCCGUCUCGCCGCUUGCAUACCUAAGGCGAUGACUAGCACUUCCGCGCAGACUAUAAGUGUGUGUUGAGUGUGUUAGCGUUCGUGUGUGUGUGUUUGUGUGUGUGUGUGUGUGUGUGUGUGUGUGUGUGUGUGUGUGUGUGCGUGUGUCUGUGUGUGUCAGCAAGCGUAUAUCUGCGUUUGUAUGUGCGUGUGUUUUAAAUGUACUAUUAGAAACUAUUCCACUUCUGAUGUUAAAAAUUAUUCUCAAUAUUAUUUAAAUAAAAGAACACUACCCAGUAACAAACCCUGCUUACUAUCAGGACCCAAUUACAUGAUAACACCGAAGUAUGCAAAUCAACAGCAUCACUACCAAUCUCAAUGUAACACAGGGCAGCUUCUCAGCAAUACGACCUUCCUCGCCUACACUAGUAGAAUACCCCAACGGGCAUAGUAACGACAGUGAAUUACAGAAUUAGAAUUACAGACUGACUGCUCCCUCUUAGUCGACUGCGUGAUACUUUAUACUGCUAAAACAAGUGGGAAAUUAUAGUUCUACCUUCAAUAUUUCUUAUUUUCUUUUAUUGUUUUACCCGCAUUCCUAACACGGCCUUUCCUGACAAUUCACACGUCCCCGUGUGAAGCCUAGAGUAACGUUACCGGCUUUAGUGUAACUUUACCGUCUCGGUCUUUUCUGACCAUGAAAUACAUACUAAGUUUUUGCAGAAUUGAUAACAUCGUUCAAAUCAGAUUUUAGUAUACAACUUCAUACUAGAGCUUAACACACGCACACUACACAUACACUAUACACUGAAGACACAGUGCACCCAGCUAAACGCACUCCAACAAGCGGUUCCGCUGCGUUCAGCACUCGCGCAGCACGCGCGCCAGCGGGCAGUCGCGUAGUAUUCGUGGCAGCGAGCUGUCGCGCCGCACCAGCGCCAGCGAGACGCUGCGCCACGUCACGUACUCGAAGCGUCAACGGGAGCAGCACCUGAGACCUCACAGGCAUCGUCGGGGUUGUAGUCAUCGUAAUCUGCGUAAAAAACAAAUUGUUAAUUAUCAAAACAACAUACACCGUUGCCUAUUCUCUCAUCCAUCACGCAUACGAGGCACUCAAACAGAAAUACGCUCUCAUACCGCAGACUACAAUAAAGAACUUCGCAUUCACAAGUAUGCUUACAUCUCCAUACGAAGCCUUUUGUAUCCCCUGCCGAUUCUAAAAGUUGCUCAGGAAAACUCAUUCGAUUUUCCAACAAAAUACCUGAUCCAAUGCUUGAUUUGCCUUUAAAUAAAUUUAAAAUACAGAAAUUAUUAAAUAAAUGUUACUCAUCCCAGGUUCCAGUUUCCCAAGCGCUCGGCGGCGCCCGGGCGUCCGGCCGUAAGAUCCGCCAAGAAACAGCAGCUUAUAGCGGCGUAGCCUCAACCUUACCAAAGCUCGGCCACGCACAUGACCAUGUCCAAUUAGCCGUCUACAAUUUAGAGUAAAUUGUAAAACUUAUCAACACAUUAGAAUACAAACAGGCUAUUUAUUUUUUUGUAACAGUACUUAUAAAUAUAUGAAAAUAACGGAUUCAUUUAGC